AUGCCAUCCUCUGUCUGUUCGAGCUCCAGAUAUUCGUGGGGUCACGUCAAGCCUGCCGGAUUGAAGAUAUCCCCGCCUGUAACAAGGACGCCCGGACUUGACUCUCUUGACGAUUGCCUUACCAGAACCAACUCCACACGCCAUCGGCAACCUAGGAAGUAUUGUGACCAUAACCACAGCGAGUUCACCUCUUCUCAAGAACUACCUACACCGACCGGAUCUUCUUCAGCUCAGUUGCGGUUUCCUGCACCAGUUGCAGACGAGAGAAUUACAUACUGGGUUGAACGCAUAGCCACAGCCAACAUGUCCGCCCGCAGUGACAUUCCUUCCGAUGAAGGCAUCCUCGGUGAAUCUGCCUACGAGUUCGUCGACACUGACGAAGAGAGCCGUGACGAUAAUGCCACAGAGUCAGUCGCUUCAACUGACUAUGGACGUCCAGACGAUGUUGCGAGUCUCGCAGACACUGAAGGAGAGGAGAGCGGAGAUGAGGACAACCAUGGCGCGUCGUCGACCCCAGCUCUCCAAGGCCAUGAUCACACUGUCGAACAAGCCUUCAAUACUCCCACAAUAGGCCGCAGCUCUGCUAUGCUGCUCGACGAUCUUGACAAGCCUCUUACCCAGUCUAUCGAGUUUGAAGAACCAUAUAGCCUCGGUGCGGAGACAGUCUCGGUCAAACACACAGUUACAGACCUCAGCGAGGAGCAGACGGCAAAUGCUCUUAAGGGCAUGUCGCUUCAAGACCAGCCCAAACGAGUCGUUGUCACCAUCCGGCAAACAAUGACCAAGCAAGGUCUCUCGACUCGAGAUCCCCUUCGAAUCUUAUAUGUUGGUAGUCACUCGGCCAAGCAAGAUAUCAUUCAUAAGAUUGCUAGCUCUGUCACUGCUUCCGUGGAAGGCGGGAAGCGCUCACAACGCCUUCGUCAGUCUACCUCUCAGCUCUAUAAUGUUGUUCCGGUCUCUGCGUUUGGCUCCGAGCGAACCCCCGAGAUCGAGCUCAUGCACUCUUCUGGAUAUCAGAUCAAGGUCGAAGACUGCACUUUCGCCCAGAACUUGAAGUUCGAAGAUGUCCCAGAGAAGCCGGACGUGAUCAAACUGACUCUUGAUGACAAUUUUGCAUACCAUUCCGUCCCAGAUGGACAAGGUUUCAUUGUCGAGCCUCACUGGGAGUUACCACAUGUAGCCAUCUUUUACUGCUCCGAUGGAGAUAAUAUUGAGUCACGCAGGACAAGAACCAUUGCCAGAAAGUUCAUGAGUCGUCAUGCUAUCCCUUCGAUCGUCAUCUCGCAUAAGCAACUAUUCGAGCGAGGGCAAUGCAUGUCACUGGAUCAGCACUCUAUCCACAUGUGCCUCGAGUCCAGAGAUCCCAAUGGCAGAGGCAAUAUCAUCCACCAGAGACUCCCUAUUGAUUUGGCAUCGUUCUUGAACAUCGACGCACGCCAGAUGAACAGAAAUCUUGCAUAUCUCACUGGCCUUCACGAGCCUCUUGAAAACACCACUGUUCAGAAUGUGAUCAAGAAGGCAGAUUCUAGUCUCGCAAACCCGCAAGACGUGGAGAAGACUUCCUACAGCCUUGCUGACAGCUUUAACUUCAUCCGAAAUCGAAACGGAGCUGCAUUAUGGAGAGCGAUCAUGCCGGUCGGGGUCUUGAUUUUGAGCGUCUUCAUCGCCGUCCUCACUGGAAUUCCAAGCUAUCGCUUCGCUCGAGUUGCUUCACCACCAGCCAUAUCGAUUAACAGCAAGAUCAUCCCCGCUGUUUCCAUAUCACCUACUGCCUCAAUGACUUCAUCCUCCCCUCCACCAAGCAUUACAUUCGUCGCACCUAGUCUGGCGGCCAAGACAUCGGUCAAGACUGUCACUGUCACACAAUCGAUUGCCUUGGCACCUGGACCAAAUAGCCUCGCCGUGGUGCCUUCGAUGGAUAUUGGAAAAGUUCCCACACCUGCUCCUUCUAUGAAGUCUACCAACAAGUCUUACGUCUGCACUGCCGAAUUGCUGGGAGAUAGAGAGAUCUUGAUCCGUAUCCCUUCAGCUACCAAACUCAGCUGGCUCGCUAAGGAAGCCAUGUCUGUCAAUAUCACAAGAAACAAUGUCACCGUCGAUACGGAAAGAGCUUACAGCUCUGACGAAGGUAUUGUACUACUUCUACCAAAGAAGGAUGCCUAUGGCGUGCUCAACAUCUCGAUUAUUACUACGAGGAAACCGAGAGUCAAUGAGACUUUCCAAGUUGAUUUUGGGUCCACGGCAUCCUGGCAAUCGUUCUUGAGCAAGCUCUCGACAUUCUUGCCUCAAGAUACCAGUCUUGAUUCUCAGUUAUUCUCACGUCUUUUUGAACCCGCCGAGCAUAUAGCUGAAGAUACUCUCCAUCAAUUCAACUCAGCUGUUCAUCAACUCGAUGCAGCCAGAAAGGCCGCAAAGGACCAAGCAGCCACAGCCGGCGAGGGUCUCACUGAAAUAGCAAAGACAUUGUCCUUCGAAGCAGCUAAGCAUGCAGCCAUCUUGACCAAGGAGGUCGGCAUCCAGCUUAGUGGGAUAAGAGAGAAGGUGUCCAAGAAGUUCGGAUCCGCUCAGAACAUCCGAGAGCCGUUGGACGAGGGCUUAAUCAAGGCACAGAUCCAAUCCAAGCUUCUGUGGUUGAAGCUCCAGGGCAAGGACGCUGAAUAUCAAGAAUAUCAACGACGGGCUUCAGAGAUGACGCGUGGCAGGUCAGAGAAGUCUCGAAAGGCUCAAAAGGCCGCCGUUGGAGAGAAGAAAAAAUCUGACCGGAUGGCACACAAAGCUGCUAAGAAGGCUGCUCGGAAAGCAGCGAAGAAGGCUCGCACAUGA